AUGGCAGCGAGAUAUGUCGCUGCUAUGUCGCGCCACUCUCGCUGCGAUAUAGUCCACGAAACUGGGUGUCGCAAGCGAGCCGAUGAGGCGUGUCAUUUUACCGCGCCCUUGCGUUCGUUGGAGCGUACUUGCGCAACAGAACUUUUUUUUGAAAAUUCACAGAUUGAAUUCAGAGUAUUUUUUGUAAUUAUCAUGAUGUCCAUGGAAAAGUGGAAGCUUUCAAAACAUAAAGAAGCAAUUCGAUGAAGUUUCACUGGCAAUUAUCCGUAUAAUUGCUUCUCAACCUUUAAAUCGGUUUUACGAAAAAUUUUCAGCUAUAAGCCUAUGGUAUUCGUUGUUUAAAAAGAUGAAAAGAAUGAUAGUAAAACGUAAAAAAAUUUGAAUGAAUGUUGUUGAGAAGUUUUGACGAAAAAUCACAUAGAAUGAUAAUGGAAAAAAACGCUCAUUUGUUGCGUAGUUCUGCGAUCUUCGCAGGUGUUCUCUAAAAAAAUUUUUUUCCAAUUCUCUAAUUAACCAUGUUCUUUUGAAUGAACCUGUGUGAACAUUUUCAGCUAUCAAAAUAAAAGAUUGACCGACAUACCACAAAGUUUUAAUCUUUCGCGCGGAACACCCAAAAUUUGACAAGAUUCCAUGAAAUUCCGUUUAAAAAUUAUUUUUGCCGACAAAGAUUUUUUUGAACAAUUUUAGAUUGUAGAAAAAAACUCAUUCUGCACAUGAAUCAAGCAGAAAGAUGUCGAAUACAUGGCAUGUAAAAUUAAAAAAACUCGCGAAUUAUCAUUUUUUUCGUUUUUGCCUCAACUAAAGCGGUAAACGGCCAAGGAGCGACAUGACACAACCAACUUAUAUGAAGUCAGAGCUGACGAACAAUAUAAACACAGCAGUAACACUCAGAAACGGAAAUGUAACAAGAAAUAGGGUUUUGAAUUCCCAAUACAAAACUAAACCACGCCCAGUUUUCUGCAAUUGAGGCGCGGUACUUUCUGCCUCAUUUUUCUCUACUGCGAGGUUCCCUUUUGGAACGCCGUGGACACUUUUUAAAUUUUCCAUCCACACGCUUUUUUUUCUCAUUCUGUGAAAAAUUUCUUAGGUUCUACUAUUUGCUAGAAAAAAGUUCGCGAACCUCGGUUUUUUAUUGCGUGUUUUGAAAAAAAUAGAAAUGUGUCAAUGUACUGAAAGGGUUCAAUGCGCGUGAAAAUGUAUUUAUACUGUAAAAAGUUAUUUUCUUCGUUUAAUUUAUAUGUUACAACUCUUUUACAUUUUUUCACACAUCGCAUAAGCAAUAAGCGACGGUAAAAAGCAAAUAAAAGAAUUUUUGCGGAAUCGGGAACCAAGAUUUUUAGUUUUUGCACCAAAUUUAAUCUUAUAGCAUAAUAUUUUUUUUAUAAUGCUAGAAAUACCAGCUCUCUGUCUUCAAUUUGAUUAACGUUAUCAUAAUUAAACUUCAUUUCCUAAGGCCUUUCAUCCUACUUUCGUUCUGAUACGGAAAAAAAUAUUUUUUUAAUGAUUUAUGUUCAAACUGCUCCAAGUUCGAAAUAUGAAGUUAUAUAUUCUCCUUAUUAACGAAUUUUUUUCAAUCGAAAAAUCGAGGAAUAUUAUUGAAAAAAAUAAUGUGAUAAACAGCGAUUAAUACUAAUUACUUUUUAAACUUUUGUGAGUUUUAAUUUUAUUUUUAUAUCUGAAUUCUUAUCCAAGACGAACUAUCAAAUAAAAAAACCCAUGUAUCGAAUUCAGAGAUGUUCAAAAAAACCGUUUGAUAAGAAAAAAACAUAUUCACCUAAUAACGAUUUAUAUUAAUUGAUUGAGCAUAUUUUUGAAAAUGAUACUAUUUCGUAAAGAAAUUACGCAAUGUACAUGAGUCAUAUCAAUGGUUGAAAAAAUAGUAGAAUUUACAAUAAAAAAAAUCAGGAGGAACUUCAAACAAAAAGAACGAUUUGUUUCAAAAGAAAGAUAGCGUCAUCAACGACACGGCUAGAUUUUUCAGCUGGUGCUAAGAUUCGCAGAAAGAGAGGUUUGAAUUGGCGGGCCGAGGACGGCCGCAGCGCGGCGAAGGCAGCGACGCGGCCUCUGAUCGGAAGUGUGGGGGCUGUGGUCCGAGAAGGAGAAGGCAGCCGGGGAGAGAGAGCACGAAGGAGAGCAGAGCACAAGCCAGGCAGGCUGGCAACACGGCAGCUCGUUUUGGUGUGUUAUUUCGGUGGGUGUUUGUUGUGCUGGCUGAGGCGAGUUCCUCUCUUUUCCGAUCUCACUCUCUGCCGAUCCUCGGUUUUGCACCAUCACCGCCAACCAUCUCUCGUUAUUAGAACCUGUGGCUCACAGUCGUUUCGGAAUGCGCCUGAUGGGCUGCGUCGGCGCAAGCGCUGAUGCCGAGGGACGCGAGGCUCGCAAGGUCAACAAGCAGAUCGAGGAGCAGUUAGCCAAGGAUAAGCAGGUACAGUUCUUUUGUUGCGACCAUCCAUCACUAGAAAUUAUCAUCGUUUGGCUGGUUCUGUUAAACCUAAGAAUUUUUGAUUUCCGAGGUUCGAUUUAAAAUUACUAGGGCCUCCAAAAAUAGUCACUUGUUAUCAGACAAUUCAAUUCAUUUUCUUUUGAAAAUUAUCAAUCUGCUUCCCAAGACAACGACGAAAUCAAACUAUGUAAUUUUAAUUUGUUCAGAAAAAUUGCUGGUCCUUUAAAAAUCGCUCAAUAUUUCAUUUUCGUUGCUUGAACAAAUAGUUUGAUUAUAUUUUUUUGUUGAAGAUGUAGGAUCAAAAAAAUUAAAGCGAUAAUCUACUAGAAGAUUUAAUUUGAACCUAAAAAAUAUUCUUGUAUUAUGAAGUAACAAAUUUGUAAAGUUUACUCCUUCUCAUUCAAUUUUCGCAUUAUCGUGCGGAACUUUCGAUUGACCUAUGAAAUUCCUUUUUUAUCCAAUUCUUUAAUGAAGUUUUUCUUAAAUGAGGAUAGUGACUUUUUUAUUUAUUGUCUAAUUAUUUUAUAACGAAAGAAAUCAGGUUUUUGGAAUUUUUUGUUCCAAUUUUUUUUGUUACACGUGCUCCAUCUGUGGAAAAAUGCAGAGAUCUUUCUUUUUAGAACAAAUUUUUUUCAUUCCAAAAAUUUUUUUUUCUUGUUUUUUUCUUCCAGUGUUCAACAAAUCAUCCAUAACCCCUUUCGUUUUAAUUUAUUCUCGGAUUUUUUUCUUAUAUAAUUCCUCAUUGUGCCCAAUCGAUAAAAAAAUAAGAAAAAUAAAAAAACAUUUUCGUAGUUUUUCCGAAUUUAUAGUUAUUUGUUUAUUUAUUUUUUUGAAUGGGGCCUAUCAAAAACAUUUAUUUUUUUAAUUUUAUUUUUUUAUAUCAUUAAUUAUAAAAAGUUUAAUUUGAUUUUUUUAAGUCAUUAAAUAUAUGAGCUUGUUGAAAAUUUGAGAAUUCUGCGAUCUUCUAUUUAUCAAAAGUUGAAACUCAUACAUUUUCUUUGAUGAACGUAUUUAUUCGAUAAUGUCCCUGAACAUUUUUUGAUUAAGGUCUGAGCCGUUUUUAAACGAUGAAGCGACGGACAAAAAUUUGAUUUAAAUAUAGGUGGAUAAUGGUUUUUUAGAAAAACUCGUUUUGAAGUUAUUUUGCAAGAAACUUUUUAGGUGAUGCGAGCCACGCAUCGCCUGCUUCUCCUCGGCGCCGGCGAAAGUGGAAAGAGCACGAUUGUGAAACAAAUGCGGAUUUUGCAUAUCAACGGCUUCAAUGAAGCUGAAAAGUUGGAAAAAAUCAAGGAUAUCCGGAGAAAUAUCAGAGAUUCAAUGCAGGUUCGUUUCCAAAUUCCUCACAAUUUUUUCGACUCCAUCAAUCUUGAUAUUUUUUCAUAUGUGCUCCAUAGAUAAUAGGAAUUUUAAAUCUCUCAUUUUUCUUUAUUCCUCUUCUUUUGAAUAUUGAAAUGAGAUUUUUCUUCAUAAUGUAGGUUUCAAUUUCAAUUACACCCUGGUAUUUAAACGUUAAAAAAAUUAAUCUAUCAAUAAUUCGGAACUAUUUUGUAAAUAUGUAUAUAUUUAUUUUGAUGUUUUUUUAUGCGUUUUUUUGUUUCACAUGCGUCAUCAUAAAAAAAUCACAAAAAUUUUGAAAAAAACUUUAACAAAAUAAAAGUUUUGAGAUUACCAAUUUCUAAAGGCGCACUAGCGCAACGAAAAAAAUUUAUACAAUUAUGAUGAAUUUUUUUUAUUAUCUCUUAACCGUUUUUGGUGUUUAUGAGAAUUUUUGUACAUGUAUGCCAGGGUGAAAACUCAUUGGACAGUAAAUACUGUGUUUUUUUUUUCAUUUUGUUCCUGGUUAUUUAUUAUUUACAAGAAACAUGAUGAGCAAAAAAAAGCUCAAAACAGAUUUCUACGAUUAAUCAGAAAGCUUCGUUGCGUCAUGGUUAUACGUCCAUUUCUGGAAACAUUCAAAUUAAGUUCGCUGUAAAUUUGAGCUAACAGUCACUCGGCCCAAUUUCGAAGAAUCGCGCGCCUUCGAACAAAACAUAAUUGCAGGUAAUUUUGCGAGCCAUGGACGAAAUCGAUCCGAAAGUCUGUUUGGACGACCCCAGCACGGUAGCCAGCAAGAACUACGUGCUCGGAGCCUGUAUGGAGCCCGAUGACAACUUUCCACAGGUGAACUUCAAAAUGUGAAACGAAACGAAUCUGUCGGAAUUCAGGAGUUUUACGAUCACGUGAAAAAGUGCUGGGCCGACAAGGGUGUUCUGGCCUGUUACGAACGCAGCAGCGAGUAUCAGCUCAUCGACUGUGCCCAAUAGUUUGCCUUCAAAUUGAACCUGAUCACGGCAUUUCUCGUUUCAGUUUCCUCGAUAAAGUAGAUGUCAUACGCCAAAAUAACUACGACCCUUCAGAGCAGGUUAGAAACUUUUUCUGUUCAACUUUCUGUUUGAACUUUUACUAUUGCCCAUUCCACGAUUUUCGUUUUCCUCUGAUCUACAGAACCCUUUCCAUCGAGAUGCGCAAUAUUUAUCUCUGCCUGCGCCUUUAAUAAAACGGAAAUUUUAAGCCAAAUAAAUGACGCAGACCGAGAAUCAUGCCGCGGGCUUUGAACAGAAUUAUUCUCUAGCUCGGAGAGAAACGAAAAUCGUGCUGGCGCGGAAUCGCCUUCAUCAAUGUUCUGAAUUUGCAGGACAUUCUGCGGUGUCGUGUGAUGACCACCGGAAUUUUCGAAACCAAGUUUGAGGUCGACAAAGUCCGUUUUCAGUGAGUUAUCUUGACUUAUCUAUGAAUUUUUGAUUCUUUUCUUUUUCUAAAGGGUUUUCCUAUCUUUUUUUCUCGCCUUGGUUUUUAUUUCUUUUUGCAAUAUUUUUUAACUCUAAAAAAUGGCCAAGUGAGCGUUUGAUGAGAUUUUCCAGGAAUGUAUCUUUAGGUAUCCUGAAUCUAGGUAACGAACAAUUUUUUUUACGCUUCGCUUUUUUUUAAAGCCGAACUGUAAGCUUCGGAAUGUUAGGGCUCUCAAGGUAGUGAAAAAAAAUUUUUUGGCUAAUUUUUUUUUGUGAACUGGAAUCAGAAGUGAAUAACUAAUUUCAAAAUAUUUUUCUGCGAAGUUUCAUCAUAUUCGCCAUAGAGAAAAAAAAACUGCCCUCCUAAAAUCCGCUCAAAAAUCGAUGAUGGGACUCCAUGGGAAAAAAAAAAGUUAGAAAUUUUAGUAUUCGUGAAAUUGAAAACAGAGAAAAAUUUCAGGAAUAAACGCUGACAAUGAUCUUUUUUACUAGACGUUACUUUAAUUUUCGAAAUUUUUUCGAAAAGUGCUCUUUUGUCUCUUGAAAAAAGGAUCCUUUGUUAUGUAAAGAUUUUCUGGGUUGUCAUCUAAGAGCUGACCAUACCUGGGCAAGUAAAGAACCCAAUAAGCCUGGGAGGAGUUGACUUUUGCGGUUGGCGGACUGUAAAUGUACAAUCUUCGAAAAAAUUGAAAAAAUCGGACGUUUUUGAACCAUGAAGCUUGUUAGUCCCUCGAAUUCAUCGGAACCUUCAGUUCAACUUGGAACCUGUUUUUCGCGUAACAGUAAGGUUUACAUCUGAAUGCCAAACUCUCAUUAGCCACUAAGUUCUGUAUUUUCUAAAAAGAAAGAAAAGAAUGAAGUUCAGCUUGUGGAUUCCCGUGUGAUAACAAGAUCUGCAAACUGAUGGAAAUCUUAUCAAAGGAAUAAACGACAUUGUUCCCAACAGAAGUUUCAAAGCGUCUUUUUCAGCAUGUUCGACGUCGGAGGCCAGCGCGACGAACGCAGAAAAUGGAUCCAAUGCUUCAAUGACGUCACAGCCAUCAUUUUUGUCUGUGCUUCUUCAUCCUACAACCUAGUUCUUUGGGAAGACGCCACGCAAAAUCGGUUCGUUGCUUUUUUAUUUAUUGAAUCAAGCGUUUUCGAAAACCUUUUUUUUUCACUUCUUGAUUCGGAUAACGGCUUGUAGAUCUUCUAUCAUUAGAUUCGAAGCCUGGACUAACCAAGUUUCGUUCUCAAAGCAAGUUUUUCUUCUUUUCGUAUCAGAUUUUGAUUAAAUUAGGCAGCAAAUUGAACUUUGAUUAGUGGGUUGGCGAACUGAAGGAACCAUGAUGCGAAAAAGCCUAACCGAAAGUUGGAGAAGAUGUUUUUUUUUUUGGAAUCCAGACAUUUUUCUUUUCUAAAAAGAAACUUUUUUUUAAAGUGUACACUAUCUUUUUUGCUUCAGUUUUUAUGGAUUUCUCGUUUUUCUUUGAUUCAUCCCAUAUUCUACAGGCUACGGGAAUCCUUAGCGCUUUUCAAGAACAUUUGGAACAAUCGGUGGCUCAAAACGAUAUCCGUGAUAUUAUUUCUGAACAAGCAGGUUUGUCAAUUGAUUUCUCGUUGUUUGAUUCUCAAUUUUCGUUUGCAGGAUUUGCUCUCAGAGAAAAUCAAGGCGAAAAGGUACCUGCUCGAGUCGUACUUCCCGGAGUUCGCCAAUUAUCAACUGCCCAACGACGCCGUCUAUGACGCCGGUGACGACAAAGACGUCGUCAGAGCCAAGUAUUUCAUCAGAGGCGAAUUCCUUGUCAGUUUUCACUUUUCUUAUCAAUUAUCAUAAUUUCUUUUUAGUUAAAAAAGUGAAUUAAAUAUUUCAUAACUUCAUAACUUCAAAGAAUUUAAGUUUUAAAAAGUGAGGAUUUUUCGAUCUCCCAUUCACAGGCAAAGUCCAAGCGUCCUCAAAAAGAAGAGUAUAAAGCUCCUUUUUGAGUCCCUAACAACGUGUCAAAAGUUUCUCGGAAUUUCCUUUUUUUUUAUAACUUUUUUUUCUGCCACCUUUUUUUGUUACUCUCAAAAAUUAGUGCCUUCAAGGCUUUCUAGAGACCUUUUUCCAAAUGUUCUUUCUGAGACCUUUUGGACCAUGCCCGAAACUUUUAUCUUGUAAAUGAAUGGAUAUCUUAGGCCUUUCACCAAAAUUCUCAAGCUCACAGGAAAAAAACCCUAUAAAAGUUCUAUUGCGGUGUUGAAGAAUUGAUUUCGGCCAGUUUUUUUUUUGCAUUUCCCCCAUCGGUGUCUAUUUCGAAUCUGACGAAUCGCAAAAUUUUAAUUUUUUAUUAUGCAAUCACGUUUAGAGUUAAUGGCGCAUAGACAUAAAAAUUUUUUUUGUUGUUAAUGAACUUCUUUUGAUAAGUUCAUUUUCUCUGGGAACAAAUCUUUUUUUUAAAGCUUUUCAUCUUAAAAGGGGAGACGAUAAAAGAAUAUUCUGUCGAUUUCGAAAAUUGAUCGACUUUUUCAAACUUAAUUUGAGGAAUAUAGAAAAAAGUGACGAUUCAAAGUAUGAAAAUUCGUCAUAGGUAGUCCAGGAAAUUGAUGAAUGGUUCUCCAAAAAAGGUGAAUGGUUUCAUGGACACUUUCAUAAACUUGAAUGAAAGACUUUUAUUAUAGGAGGUUCCGGAUAAUGAAAAUCGCAUUAUUUUCUUCUAAAGAGCAAAUUUGAGUCAUUUAUAAUUUUGGGUUUUUGGUGAACACGGAGAAUGCGUUAACCGCCUUCUUUCAAAUGGGCCGGAAUGUAUGAAAAAACCAUCAAAAAAAAAGAAAAAAUUUGGAUCAACGAAACAAAUUUUUUGAUUUUCUAAAUUUUUUCGAAUCUUGGCGUAUGGGGAGUGUUCAUUUUCAAAAAAAUCAUGUCAAAUGCGCGCCGUGAUUAACAGCGUUGUGCAGUGUUCUUCUGAACACAGCCAUUUUUUAAAGAGAAAGUCGAUUUUUCAGAGGAUUUCGACGGCGGCUGGCGAUGGCCGACACCACUGUUACCCGCACUUCACGUGUGCCGUCGACACGGAAAACAUUCGGAGGGUGUUCAACGACUGCCGCGACAUCAUCCAACGCAUUCACUUGCGACAGUACGAGCUAUUGUAA